AUGUUUAAAAACCUCGCUUUUUUGUCGAUUUGCAUUGUUUCGAGUUUAGCGCGAGACACGAAACUCGAAAAAUAUGCCAAACAAUUUUCGCCAAAGACAAUAGUCGAAGGAGAUCAUAUGUGAGUGUUUCCUGAAAAAUUUGAGAUUUUUGAAUUUUUUUUUAAAUAUUAGUUCUCGACAAUACCCGAAAUUUUUGAUGGAAGUUACUUUGUCAUUUGGGAUGAAUGAGGAGACAACAAAAUUCAUCGAAGCUGUUAUCGAGAAAAAUUUCAAUGGAAAUUUGCACGAUUUGGAUGGCAUGAAUACAAUGGCUGAGGUAAAUUGAAAAUGAUGAAUUUGCGAAAAAAUAAUUUCACGUUGAAAAUUAUUCGGGUCACGCCUUAAUGAAAAAUCAGAAAUAUUUUCUACAUUUCAAAAAUUCUAGGUUUUUCUUUAAUGUUUUUAAAGUUCCGAUUCAUUUCUGAUGUUUGACAAUCGAGAUCCAAUUUUUUUGAAAAGGUAUCAUUUUUCAGACGAUCCAAGAUAUGUUGGGUGGUUAUUGGUCUGUUCAAAUUUUCGAAGAUCCCUACAUCUUUGCCAAUACCGCAUUUCGUCGAUCUUCUUCGUUUGUCGUUUUUGAUGUCAACAAAAUGGGAAUCGCAGCCAUAAAAGAGGGUUGA